UCAAGGUACAAGAUAUUUAAUUCAUAUAAGCUAUGGCAGAACUCAAUAUUGGUAAACAAUGCAGUUUACUUCAAUGUCAGCGACUUGAUUUCCUACCAUUUGAAUGUGAUGGAUGCUCUCAGAUAUUUUGUUUGGAUCACAAGGGUAGAACUGCACAUAGCUGUUCAGAUGUCAACUAUAUUAAAGAAGGUUCCUCAUUGACUAGAGUUACUCCCCUUCGUUCUUAUAGUUGUUCACUUGAGGAAUGCAAUCAGAGCGAUCUCGUACAAGUGGAAUGUAAUCUCUGUGGGAAGCAUUUCUGUUUGAAGCAUCGCCUUCCAGAGGAUCAUAAAUGUCAUCAAUUAAAAUCUGAACCACAUCGAAAAGCUGGUAUGCAAACAUUUCAAACUUCUUCUACUAAUCCAAAAAAGUCUGUAUGUGAUAAUUCCAAAAAGAAGUCUGUUAGUAAGAAGAAUCAAAAACUGUCUGCUAAGGUUGCUCUUAUGAAACUGAAACAAAAGUCUGUUGGAGAUAAAAAUAUUCCAAUGGAAAAGAGAAUAUAUUUCCAUGUUUACACACCCAAAGGAGAGAGGUAUAUAUUUGUGGAUGGUGAAUGGACAUUUGGCAAGCUUAUUGAUUAUCUUUGCAAAACUGAAAAAAUUAUUAAUACGAAUAACGUUUCUUUAGAAAAUAGACUUGGUCUGCUUAAUAUGGACACCGAACAAUCAUUACCAUUUUCUUCUACUAUCAAUGAUGCAAUAAGCCAUGAAAUAAUAUAUUCUGGUUCUAGUUUAAAAUUUCUAAGUGUGGAAAAAUCAUCAUAACAUUUGUUUCCUUUCUGAAACUUCUUGAUUUGUAGAUUUUGCGCAUAUGGUAAAAAUAUAUUGCAGACUUUGCAGUGCCGACUGAAAGUGGCACCUAUUGUGAUUUUUUUAAAGAUCAUUUGAUCUAAAUCAAUGAAUGUAGUUUCUUUCAGGAUUUCAAAAUGGAAAUUAAUGAUGCAGAAAAUAUGAGUAACUGCCUUUCAAAGUAAAAUAAUCUCAAUUCAGCCCAAUGUAUUUGAAAUCUUCCUAGCUCCCUACAAUUACCCCAGGGGCGCAGCCAGCUAAAAAUUGUGCAUCGUUCUAGAGUUAGCAUCCCUUUAUUAUUUAUUUAUUUAUAUUUAUUAUUUAUUUAUUAGCGUUUAUUACUAAUAAUCACUGAUUGUUUUUGUAAUCGCGAUCGUUUUGGGGGCCGACAUCCCAAUUAAUGUAUUAAAGCACUUUUUAUAUUUAUAAGUUUUAUUUCUCACGCAACGGCGGUCAUCGAAGUUUGGUUUUUACAUUUCGGGCAGAAGUGUUCAGAUAAUAGAGUAAAUUCAUAACACAUAAUGAGACGUUCUUCUGAUAUUUAUCUUCUGCGUAGGAUUUGAAAUUACGGUCCCGAUUUUAAGCGAACAAUAGUAUCAUUUCUAACUCCGGGAUGCAGAUAUUUAUGAAGCUCAGAGUCGACAUUUUUCUGCUUUUAAUUUUCUAUCGUUUCCGUGUUACUUUCGUAUUGAAUAAUGAUUAAAAACUCCGCAAAUUAGUAACAGCGUGAAUAAUCAGUGUUGAAUAUUCACCCAACUCAGUAUACUAAAUACUAAAAUACAUCGGCAAUAAUGGAAAAUGUACGUGGUCGAGAUGAUAUUUUCCUCUAAAAAUCUCGCGAAAUUUUCAUAAAAUAAAUUACAUUAUUUACCUGUCUUACUUUA